AGCGUCCCCGGGGCGCUGGGCGACACACGGCGCUGUUUAUGUCGCAGCCCGGCUCGCAGAUCCGGCCGCCCGUAGCUUCUCCCCAGAUCCGCACGUCUAACGGAUGCUUAACUUUUCCGUGGAGCUCUUAUUAAACAGUUAUUCCUUCGGCUCCCAAAAAGGAUACAUACUUGUCAGCUCCCCGAGGAUCAUGUUUGACACCGAAGAAAGCUCCUCGUUGCCUGGUUCCCGGCCCCCCUGCUCCAUGAUCCAGGCCCCGGGGCCUCUGUGGUGCUCCGAUGUCCCUCACCCACUAUCGAAGAUCCCGGGUGGGCGAGGGACAGGCAGGGAUCAUCCUCCCAGUGUUCUUUUGCACAAGGACAACAGGCUGACAGUGACGCGGACCCUCAGCGCCAACGGGGCCGUUCCCUUGCUGCACUUUCAGUACCAGCUGAGUGAACGCCGGCAGUCCUGCUGGGAGACAUCACUCUCUCCGGACGGCCUCUUCCUGGAGAUCCCUGGGGGGCCACUUCCCGAGGGCAGCAAGGAGGGGCUCACCAGUCUGCUGGAGUUCGCUGAGGAGGAGCUGAAAGUCCACUGUGUGUUCCUGUGCUUCAAUAGGAACAGGGAGGACCGAUUGUUAAUCACCAGAACCUUCCACUACAUGGGCUUUGAGAUGGUGAAGCCGGGUCAUCCCUCGGUGGCCCACCGGCCGGACCUGCUCUUCAUGGUUUACGCCAUGGACCGUGGCGGCAGCAGCUCAGAAGAGGACUAGCCCUCCCCCCUGCUGGUGGCCCUCAGCUACCCAACCCAUACCCCCCUCCCCCACUCCCUUGUCCCUUCCCUUCCCCCAACCCAGCAAUAUGUGUACUGGGGUGGCCCACAGUCAACCGUAUAUAUAAACUCUCCUGGAAGAGGAGACUAACAUGAGGGCGGAGUCUAACAUGAGUGGGCGUGGACUUGAUAGAGCUGUGGUCACCUGACUCUCAGGUCAAUCUCAAUCCCUGACUAUGGGUCACUUGGUGCUAUGACAUUCUCCACCAAGCUGCACCAAAUAAUGUAAAGCUCUGAUAACCUUCUUUUUGUAUGCGACUAUUACAUUGGGUAAUUACAAUGACCCAGUCUUAAGCAAAUCGCAGCAUGUAUAGUUGUAAAGUGAGGAUAUAAGGGAAUUUUCACCUGAUUGGUGAACAUGGACUGUGUUUGUCAUCGGUCCCCCAGAUGUGUUCAGUGGUAGAGCACCAAGUUAUAUUACAAUUUCAUAACUCAAUGUACCGAUAAGCCCGGCUGUGUAGUUUGGGGGAAGUCGCAAAAUCCUGGCUGACCUCUGUCACCCCAGCGGGUCCCAUUAAAGGGUCACAUUGGAGAUGCGUAGGAACACAGGGGAGUGAUCAUCUCAGCCAGUCAGGCUCUCGUCACUUGAUCCAACAUCAAAUCCCUCCAGUAAGCUUCAUUAUCACUUAGUCAGUGUUGGGCAUUUCAGGUCCAGAAGCUACAAAUCCAGAUCAAGAUUUUGUUUCUACCAACCAGCUGAGAAUUCUGUGACAUGACUCUUUAUGCUCAGCUGGUUGGUAGAAACAAAACCUUGCCCUGCAUUUGUAGCUUCUGGACCUGAAAUGCCCGACACUGUACUUAAGUUUAAUGAGGCGUGAUUUAUUCAGUGAACGGCCAGAUGGUCCAAGGUGGGAUAACACUGACACCAUGGAAGCGGCUGCAUGCAAAGCAGUCUGGGUUGGUGGCUUGCUGUGCCCUUGGAACGUUGAGCCCUCUCAACAGUACAAGCAGGGAAUCCGGACAUGAGCUACACGCGAACAGACCAAUCACACGGUUCGUUGCAUCUUGGUUUUCAACAGGCCAGACCUACCAAAGGCGGGGUCAUAUCCCCAGUGUUCCGAAGCUGGUUUAUCCCUCUAGCCCACAUAAAUGCACGCAUGUCCCACUCCAGCUCUCGGUCACCCCCCACCCACAUAUGGCACAAGCACUUUGGGUGAAAACAAGCAAGAUAAAGGGCAAGAGCUCCCAUUUCGCUUACUUGCUUAAACCCACCAGACAGAAUUGCCAAAGAACCUGCACCACCCCACCAUAACACCAGCACCUCAGACUAUGGAUCCCGGUAAUAUCAGCCGGCCCAGCAAGGACCCCGUCCUUAGUGCUACUGCAGGGAGGUGAAGCUCUCACACAUUCCUCACGACGUCCUGAGGCUCUGCUCUGCUGGUGUAGGGGGCUCCCUACACUCCGAAUCACCACAAUAAGCUCUCAGCAUCACAGCUCCAAUGACUGCAGACUCUUGUUUUGUUUCUCCCCCACAAUCUCCUAUCAUUUACAGUUGCUCGUUUUCUUAAGUGGGAAAUGCGGAUUUGAAUGUAUAUUAGCAUAGAAUCAUAUAAUUUUGGAUCUUCUGUAUGUUACUUAAACCAAAUAAAUACUUUACUUGUUUCAUGCUG